UAUAUAGCUCUCUUGUAGAAGAGGUACUUUUUACAUCACUCCACUCUUUGGUGCUAAGUUUAUGGUGUUAGUUUAACAGUUGUCGGCCAGAACCAUGGAUUACUGUUUAAAGUUAUUCGUUUAUUCGACUUUGCUAUUAAAGCCUGCCUUUAGCCAAGCUUUUUCACUCAACAACUUUCAUUCUUUAACAGAAAGGUUAUGGUUAUACAAUAAUGAAAUCGCGUGUCCCACAAAUACAACAACGAACAAUUUCCUGGUUGCCCAUCCGGAUUAUUUGAAAUCUACAGAACCACAUCUGAACGACAGCAUCACAGUUGCCACCAUAUGGGUGAGACUGCCACAAGGUGAUGUGUUAUUCAGAGACAACAUACCAUCAUCAUUCCAACUCAAUUUCCUGUGUAAUCCUUCAGUGAAGUCGCCUUUUGAUAAAUGUGCGGUUGGUAACUGCUUCGUGUUGUCGACUACUGACAAGCAGCUUGAAGGAGACGACAGUAUAGCAUACAACUCGCGUGCCGAUGUGCUGGAAGUUGAGAAUGUAAUCAACGUCACAUCUUCCGAUGCUUGUAGUGGUUCAAAGCAAUUAAUUCUCGGAAUCAUUCCUCAGCAAUGUCUGACCCUUCCGCCACAUGAAUCAACCACCCCUUCCAGCGGAUCUCUCGUAGUUUUUAUCAUGACUGUACUAUUAACCAUUGUAAUACUUUACUUCGUGUGUGGAACUUGUUGUAAUUAUAUUUCGGGUUUACGUGGUUCAGAUUCGAUCCCACAUAUCAACUGUCUUACUCAAGUAGGCAAUUGUUUCCAAGACAUAUGGUAUAGAAUAAAAUGCUGUGACCGUUAUCGAGGUCCAUAUCAAGAAAUAUGAACAAUAGAUUAUAUAGCUAUGUAUAUAUGUACCGGUGUGUGUGUGGUAGAUCAAUGUAUACGUCAACUGCCACAUGCAUUUAGCUGGUUGCAGAUACAGGAAUUCGUGUCCUCCACAUCUUGAAACCUAGUCUUCCAUUAAAGAACGGUUAAAAGUAAAUAUGUAUAGGAUACAAUUUAAGAAUAAACGAAAACUGUCCGAAAUAAAAUGUUACUAUGUAUUAUAUAAAGCAUUACAUAUUAUAGAAUAUUGUUAUACAUUUCGAAAUUGUAUUUGUUUCUUUAGAUAUUAUGAAUGUAUUUAUCUAAAUAGGAAAAGACGAAUGAAAUUAAUAAAUAAUCGUAUUUAUCUCUCAA